AUCUUUUCAUACUUGUAUAUAAAGCUUUACUUCCUCCUCUGCUACUCCUUUUCUAUCAAUCAUCAAAACACAUUCAUUGUAUUAUACCCUAAACCGAGAACCUGAAAUACCACAAAUGAGACCUUUUGGCUUGAUCUUUACGGUCAUGUUCUUGGUCUCAGCCUUUUCAGAAUCAAGAACCGCCGAUUGUAGGGUUCUCCUUGAUGGCUCAUCGGAGGAAAUAGGUCCAUCAAAGAAUCAUGGGGUCGAUUUCCGACGUAAAGAAUUGUUAGGGGUCGUGAUGCGUGGUUAUAAAAGGUUGCGGUCGCUCUCUUCAGCUGGGGAGAGGAUGCACACAAUGGCUUCAGGACCGAGCAGGAAAGGUUCUGGUCACUAAAAGACUAUUGAUCCACUUAGAUUAUUUCUAUACAUCAAUAUUUGUUUAGCUCAGGCUAUAGUAAAUGCUUUUCAUUUGUUAUAUUGUAUUUAUUCAGUCGUGAAAAAAAAUCAAUGUAAAGUUUAGAAGGGACAUUUUUUGAUCA